AUGUCUGUGCGGCGGUUUGAGGGGAAGGACCAUGCUGCUGCAUAUCUGCAGUACAGGGUGACACCAAAUGAAUUAAUCAACCCUAUCAUGAGAUACAUGGAGAAAAGGACAAAGCAGUUCCACCUUGCCGUGGAUGUGGGCUGUGGGUCAGGUCAAGGUACGAGGUUACUGGCCCCGUUCUUCACCAAGGUGGUUGGAACAGACAUAAGCCCCGCCCAGCUGGAGAUGGCUCAGGCCAAUGAGAGUGCCUCAAAUGUCUCAUACAGACAGUGUCCAGCUGAGGAGCUGCCGUUUGCGUCUGGUGAGGUGGGCUUGGUGACAGCCAUGGUGGCAGCUCAUUGGUUCGACCGCCAGCGGUUCCUUAAGGAGGCUGACAGGGUGCUAAGACCCGGAGGCUGCCUGGCCCUCCUGAGCUACACCAUGGACAUGGAGCUGGAGUACGGGGACAUGUCCAACACACUCAAUGAAAUCUGCAAAGAGUUUUACGCUGCCCUGCUUCCUUACCGAAGUCCCUACCUUGGUCCGAGCUCGAAGCAGAUCUACUUAGACAUGUUUAACUCCUGCUCCUACCCAGACAAAGAGUGGAAUGAGUGUACGCGGGUGAGAAGGGCUGUACCGCUAGAUGGAUACAUCAGAGUGGUGGAGACGUUCUCCAGCUAUCAGCAACUGAAAAGAAAGGACCCCGUCGAGGCUGAACGUCUCUCCAAUGACGUCAGGAGCAAGUUGCUGUCCGCCAUGCAGGUGUCUUCUCCUGACACAGAAGUUACGGUGGUUUAUAAGUAUUUUUACUGGCUAGCAUGCAAACCCUGA